AUGGUCGAGCUCGUUCACUUUGAUCGCACGAGCGAAGACGUACAGUCGCGGCUCAUGGAACUCUCGCUCGCGACCAUUGUGUGGCACCUCGCGUGGUGCACCAUGGACAGCGGCGCGAUCGUCGGGCGCAUGGCCAUGGCGGUGCAGCCGAUGUGGACGCACGUCGUUCCCAGCUCGAUUAGCACCGUGAUGGCGCUCGUGCCCGCAGCGACGGGCAGCCAUGCCGUGCGCGACCACGUCUGGAUGCCCGUCGACAAGAAGUCGUUCGCCGUGCAGCUGUUCAACACGACGGAAGGGCCGCUCGGGGACAUCCGCGCUAACCCGAGCACGAACCGCCUCUACAUCGUCUCGACGAACGACCAGGAGCCCACGUCAUCGACGGCCGCGUCCAACUCGUCGGGGCCGAGCGGUUCUCGAAGCCUUUCAUGAGCAACGCCGCUCACGGAUCUCGUUCGCAGCGUCACCCAGCGCUGCCUCGACG